AUGCACCCCGAGACUCUGUGCCCCCACGACUCCCUCAAGAUUCGAACAGACAAGGCAGAAUACGGCCCGUUCUGCGGGAAGACAUUGCCCCGCAGGAUUGAAACCAAGAGCAGUACCGUGACCAUCACCUUUGCCACCGAUCAGUCAGGGGACCACAUGGGCUGGAAGGUCCGAUACAGCAGCACAGCUCAGCCUUGCCCUGAUCCAUUGGCGCCACCUAAUGGCCACAUCUCCCCUGUGCAAGCCAAAUACAUCCUGAAAGAUCGCUUCUCGGUCUUCUGCGAGACUGGUUAUGAACUUCUGCAAGGUAAUUUACCCCUGAAAUCAUUUGUUGCGGCCUGUCAGAAAGACGGAUCUUGGGACCAACCGAUGCCAGAGUGCAGAAUUGUGGACUGUGGCCCUCCUGACAAUCUACCCAGUGGCCAGGUGGAGUACAUCACGGGUCCUGCGGUGACCACGUACAGGGCUGUGGUUAAAUACCGCUGUAAUGAGCUCUACACAAUGACAACCAAUGAUGGUAAAUAUGUGUGUGAGGCUGAUGGAUUCUGGACGAGCUCCAAAGGAGAAAAAUCACUCCCAGUCUGUGAGCCUGUGUGUGGAAUAUCCACCCGUACUACAGAAGGUCGUAUAUAUGGAGGACAAAAUGCAAAACUUGGUUACUUUCCUUGGCAAGUGCUGUUACUAGGUAAAACCAUGGCAGCAGGUGCACUGCUGUAUGACAGCUGGAUCCUAACGGCUGCCCAUGCUGUGUAUGACCAAAGAGAAGAUGCUGCCUCCCUGCAGAUCAGAAUGGGGGCCCUGAAGAGAAUAUCACCUAAUUACACACAAGCCUGGGCCGAGGUCAUUUUUAUACAUGAAAGUUACAUUCAUGAUGCUGGUUACGAUAAUGACAUAGCACUGAUUAAACUGAAGAACAAAGUUGUAAUCAACAGCAACAUCAUGCCUAUUUGUUUGCCAAGAAAAGAAGCAGAAUCUUUCAUGAGGACAAAUGACAUUGGAACUGCAUCUGGAUGGGGAUUAACCCAAAGGGGGUUUCUUGCCAGAAAUCUAAAGUUUGUUGACAUACCAGUUGUUGACCAUCAAAAAUGUACCGCUGCCUACGAAAAGUCCUAUCCAGAGGGAAGGGUAACUGAUAACAUGCUUUGCGCUGGCUUGCAAAGUGGGGGCAAGGACAGCUGUAGAGGUGACAGUGGGGGGGCAUUAGUGUUUCUAGAUAAUGAGACCCAGAAGUGGUUUGUGGGAGGAAUAGUGUCCUGGGGUUCCAUUAAUUGUGGGAAAGCAGAUCAGUAUGGGGUCUACACCAAAGUCAUAAACUACAUUCCCUGGAUCAAGAGAAUCAUUAAUAGUAAUUUUUAA